CAAGUAAAUAGAGCCCAUUUAGAAAGUUUCCCCCUCUAAGAUGGCGGCACCCGUGACGUAUCUUAUUCACAUCUACGGGUACUUCCGCCCUUCUUAUGCGCCGCCGUGCACGUGCGGGGGUGAGUCCGUAAUCAGCAGCGCUGUAGCUGAAUGACCUCAGAGGGAGAAGGGAGCGCGCGCAGAGAGACAGGGAGACAGACAGACAGAGAGAGAGAGAGAGAGAGAGAGAGAGAGAUUCGUUAUUCACAGUAAGUGCACGAGGAGACCUGCACGAGAAGUUGGAGUUUGAACAGAACAGAUUAACACAAAUCCUAAUUAGAGUGAACAUAAAAAAACAGAGGUGGAGAAAGAGAGGAUUUUGUCAUGCGUAAGGCAGGACAGAGGACUGUGCAGGAGCGCGGAGGAAGAGGGAGGAAGAAGGAUGCAGAUGGUGAGACCUUGAGCCCCAGGUUCCACCAUAAGGCUCUGGAAGGAGGUCUUAUGGUUCCAGGUGACGUAGGUAGCGGCCCCCUGCCGGUGCAGCCGUACCCCACUGAGGACGUCCUGAGGCUGGGUUUGUCCAGAGGAGUGUCCCUGUCUCUCCCGUCCUCUCCGAUGCUGCCUCCCCGACAGCCCUACAUGCUGCCUCUCAGACCCAGCACCAAGUCUCCAGGUUCUUUCAGGAAGCCUAAGCAUGCCGAGAGCUCCCGUAUUCCCGUGGAUGCGGUCAGCUGGUGCCUGAGGAGCGAGGAGAACUCCGAUCCUCUCUUGCCAGCUAAGUCUGGCUCCUCCCCUGCCGCUCAGGAACUGAUGACACGGCUGGGUUUCCUACUGGGAGACGCCAUCCCCGCCUCAUCGCACACCACCAUGGAGGAGAGAAACCAGUGUCCGGUCAGUAGUCAGGGUGCGAGUCCGUGUUCCACCCUGACCGACAGCACGGCGUCUCCCAGCGCCGAGAGCCCGUGUUCCAGCCUGACGCUUAGCUCGGGUUCCGUGGAGAAACCCCCGCCGUGUUGCUCCGGACCCUGCAGCACCACCACAAGCACCACCACCAUCACCACCCCCAGCUCCACACUGGAGAGCAAGGACAGCGGCAUUAUUGCUACAGUGACCAGCUCCAGUGAGAACGAGGAGCGUUGUGGAUCUAGUCUGGAGUGGGGAAAAGAUGGCGGCGGUGGUGGCGGUGGUGGCGGUGGUGGGACCGUCAGAGACAGCAGCCAUCACGCUCCUCCACCUGCAGCUCCCGUUGCUGUUGGAGACUCAUCAGUACCCAGUGAUGCCCAGCCCCAGCCCCGGACUGCUGCAGCUGCCCCGUCACCCUCAGAUGGACUCGCCCCGUACCACAGCACCUCACUGGUCAUGCCAAGGCCCAACUCAGUGGCAGCCACCAGCAGUACUAAGCUGGAGGAGCUGACGUAUCUGGACGAACAGCGAAAUGCCCCAUUGCGUUCCUCCCUGCGUGGACCGUGGCAUGGCGCACACACCAGCGGUCGCAACCAGGAGAACAAAGCUCGAUUCACACCAUAUAAGCCGGUAGACAUCAUGCUCAAACCCUUGCUGUUUGAGAUUCCCAACGUUAGCAGCAUGGACACUGUAUUCGUAGGCCGUGAGUGGCUGUUCCAGCGUCUGGAGGAGGUCCUGAUGGGCGAAGGGGAGGCGGGGCCGGGACGCGGUGCCGUCGUGGUGGGCAGCGUGGGCUUCGGAAAGACAGCGGUCAUCUCCAGACUCGUGGCUCUGAGUUGUCACGGUGGCCGGAUGAGACAGAUCGCGUCCAACAGCCCUGGAGCUUCGCCUAAGAGUGGAGGUAGAGGAAGUGACCACUCCAGCCAUGGCAGCCAGCUGAACCCGCCGUCUCAGAGCCCCCACCGCAGCAGCAGCUGCCCUCCGACCCCCGACACACACCGGCACAGAGAGGAGGCCGUCAAGCGCCUAGCUAGCAAGGUUGUAGCAUAUCAUUACUGCCAGGCUGAUAACACGUACACGUGCCUGGUGCCGGAGUUUGUGCACAGCGUGUCUGCGCUGCUGUGUCGCGCUCCCCGACUCGGCGCCUACAGAGAAAUGCUGAUGAGGGAGAACCAGUUACAGAGUCUGCUGAGUCUGCGCUCGUGUGUGCAGGAUCCGGUCGCAGCCUUCCGACGGGGCGUACUCGAGCCCCUCGUCGUCCUCCGCAAGGAGAGGAAGAUCGCAGAGGACGACUACAUCAUCCUGGUGGACGGUCUGAACGAGGCCGAGUUCCACAAGCCGGACUACGGAGACACGAUCGCCUCCUUCAUCACGAAGAUCAUCUCCAAGUUCCCCACCUGGCUCAAACUGGUCGUCACCGUCAGGGUUAACCUGGUGGACGUCACCAGCCUGCUACCUUUCCCCAUCAUUUCUCUGGACGACACUCAUGAUAAGUCUGUCUCUUCCGACUUGCACGCCUAUGUCCAGCACCGUGUGGAGCACAGCGCCUCCAUCCUCACCAACAUCACCUCCAACGGCAAGGCCGAGCCAGCGGCCAGCUCUAAGCUGGGCUCGCACCUGGUGGGUCGCAGUCAAGGCUCCUAUCUGUACCUGAAGCUCAUCUUGGACCUGCUGGAGAAGGGCCACCUGGUGAUCAAGAGCUCCAAUUACAAGAUGCUUCCCGUGUCACUGACUGAACUCUACCUGCUUCAGUGCAACAUCAGGUUCCCGACGGCGCCAGCUUUCGAGCGCGCACUGCCCAUCCUGAACGUCGCGCUCGCCUCGCUGCACCCACUAACUGAUGAGCAGCUGUUCCGUGCGCUUAACGCCGGGAGCCUGAAAGGCGCACUCGAAUGGACCGACUUCCAGCAACGCAUGGAGGCUCUCUCCUGCUUUCUGAUUGGUCGGCGUGACAGGACGCGCAUGUUCUGCCACCCGUCCUUCAGGGAGUGGCUGGUAUGGAGAGCGGAUGGAGAGAGCACCGACUUCCUGUGUGAGCCAAGGAGCGGACACGCCCUGAUGGCCUUCAUGCUCUCUCGGCAAGAAGGGAAGCUGAACAGGCAGCAGACCAUGGAGCUGGGUCACCACAUCCUCAAAGCACACAUAUUCAAGGGGCUUAGUAAGAGGACGGGCGUGUCCUCCAGCGUUCUCCAGGCCCUGUGGAUCAGUAACAGUACAGACAGCCUGUCCGCUGCUCUUUCCUCCCUCAGAAACCUCUACACGCCCAACGUCAAGGUGUCCCGGCUACUGAUCCUGGGCGGAGCGAGUGUGUGUUACCGCACCGAGGUGCUCAGCAGCGCCCCUGUGCUGUGUGUACAGUCUCACUUGGGUCACCUGGAAAUGGUCUCGCUCCUGCUAGAGUUUGGGGCUCCUGUGGAUGGAGCAUCCGAGAACGGCAUGACGCCUCUGUGUUACGCCGCGGCCGCCGGACACCUGGGCGUGGUUAACCUACUCUGCAGAAAGGGGGCAAAGGUGGAUCACGUGGAUAAGAGCGGACAGUGCGCGGGGGUUCACGCUGCUCUGAGAGGUCACGCUGAAAUUCUGCAGUAUCUGCUGGAUCAGGACUGGAGCUCAGACCCCACACAGUCAGAGCAAAACCCCAGGAGCAGAGUAGUGCAGCAAGCCUUCAUCGCUGCCUCCAGCAUGGGACAUGUACAGGUGCUGAGGAACUUGCUGGCCCUGAAUAAGAAUGAACUCAGUGUGCAAAUGGAUGGCCAUGACACUCUAUGGGGAGAGACAGCUUUGAGUGCUGCUGCUGGCCGGGGCAAGCUGGACGAGUGUGUGUUCCUGCUGGAACAGGGGGCCGCAAUAACACAGCCGAACCGCAGGGGUGUGACUCCCAUUUACACUGCUGUGAAACACGGACACACACAGGUGGUAGAGCUUUUGCUGCAGCAUGGCGCCGAGCUGGACGCCUCCGACAAACAUGGCCGCUCUCUGCUGAUGGUUGCAGCCAGCGAGGGUCACGUGACCACUGUGGACUUCCUUCUCUCACGGGGUGCAUGCAUGACAGCAGUGGAUAAGGAAGGACUGACACCACUGAGCUGGGCGUGUCUGAAGGGCCAGAAGAGCGUAGUGGAGCUGCUGGUGGAGAAAGGAGCGCAGAUCGAUCACACGGACAAGAACGGACGCACUCCUCUCGACCUCGCCGCCUUUUAUGGAGACGCUGACAUAGUGCACUACCUGGUGGAGCGCGGUGCCGUGAUCGAGCACAUGGACUACAGCGGCAUGCGGCCCCUGGACCGCGCCAUCGGCAGCCGCAACACUUCGGUCGUCGUCACUCUGCUGAAAAAAGGGGCCAAGCUGGGAAACGCUGCGUGGGCCAUGGCCACUUCUAAACCGGACAUCCUCCUGAUCCUGCUGCAGAAGCUGAUGGAGGAAGGCAACCUGCUCUAUAAGAAAGGGAAGAUGAAGGAAGCCGCUCAGAGGUACCAGUACGCACUGAGGAAGUUUCCAAGGGAAGGGUUUGGGGAAGACCUGAAGGCCUUUCGAGAACUCCGGGUCUCGCUCUACCUCAACCUGUCCCGCUGCCGCCGCAAAACCAACGACUUCGGCAUGGCAGAAGAAUUUGCCACGAAGGCUCUGGAACUGAAGCCGAAGUCAUAUGAAGCGUUUUAUGCUCGUGCUCGAGCUAAGAGAAGCAGUAGGCAGUUUGCGGCAGCGCUGUCUGAUCUCUACGAGGCGGCGCGUCUGAGUCCCAGUAACAGAGAGAUCAGACGCCUGCUGGCCCGUGUGGAGGAAGAGUGCCAUCAGCGGCCCGGUGGGAAACAUGCGUCAUCGCACGCUCAUCCCUCACAGCAUGAGGAAGAGGAGGAGGUGGAGGAUGACGACGACGAGGAUGAUGACGAAGAGGAAGCCGUGUCGGUUCGAGCAUCUCACAAAGGCUCAGAGAACCUUGGGAUAAAGCUGGUGCAGGUGGAGGAGGGAGAUGAGGAAAAGAUAAGUAAAGAGGAGAAGAGGAAGGAGAACUGGCAGCAGAGCCGAACUCUGCCCGACUCUCUGGGCCUGGCACUGUCGGGCACCCAGUCAUUCUCUCCUUCAGCUCACAGACGUCUCCCGUCCAGACAGGCUCAGAGCGUGAAGAGCCGAGAGAACCACGGCCACCACAGGGCCUGCCUACACACCAGGGAGCCGCUCAGAGACACGCAAGGAGGCACAGGUCAUCUGGGCCACCUGGACACCAUGCCCCUGCCACCAGAGGGUGCUCCAGAGUGCAGGUCCGAGUUCAGCCGUAGCAGCAGCAUGCGAGUGUCUAGCUCCUCGAGCGGCCUGGCUUUCUCCGGGAUGCACUCAGACCGCAACCGCAGCUCUGUCGCCAACGAAAACACCGCUGCCAUCUCAGACACGACCGCGAGGCAACACGAGCACAAACCACGCCCUUUUAUGGGGAUCACGGACAAGACGGCACGCUUCCACCAGCAACCACCACCACCACUGCACGGUCACAGCUGGCAGGGUCAUGGCACAGAGGAAAUGGUGCAAGGACUGACCUGUGACCUCCAGUACCCUAUAACAGGAAACGUCGCCUACCAGGAGGCCUUUCAUAAUGGCACCCACGCAGCAGACCUGCACUCGGCGAAGCAGCAUAAGCAGGCCAACCUGGCGCGGGACAACCCCAUCCUCAUCAGCUCCAUCAAACCCAAACGCUCCUUCAUCGAGUCCAACGUGUAGCGGCUGUCACUGUGGAGACCGCCACACAAAGCACAAACUCCAGGACAACCCUGUACACCAGUUAGUAACUAAUCAUUCAGGCUUCGCUUUUAGCCUCCACGGCGUAGAAAUACGGUUUUAUUCAGGACUACCUACCAAUAGAACAAGACUUAAAAAGACGAAUGUUGUGUACUGUAAUAAUUAUUCUACAUUUAAGCAAAGGGUUUACUGUAGAGCUCUUCUAUAAGGACAGUUAACACUUUAAAGCCCCGAUCAGGAACGGCUGAAAGACCAUCACGCUAAACACGGUAAGUAAAGGAUAAGUUUUAGCAGCUGUGAUAUCUCAAAUGAGUCGUUAUUCCAGUACUGAUGCCUAGCACACUGUUAUUCCUGACUGGGGUGUGUGUGUGUGUGUGUGUGUGUGUGUGUGCGUGCGCUGUACAGUGCAUUUCCUUAUAAUCCUCUUUACUUGCUAAUACAUCAAUGAAUUAAUUUAUUUAUGGCUUCUACAGCUUAGUUUAUUGUUUAAAAUAUAUUUUAUAUUGUUAUUUUUGCACAGCUAUAUAUAUAUAUAUAUAUAUAUAUUAUAAUUCAGAAUCUUUUGAGAAAUAAUGCUUUGUGAAGACUUCAGGGUUCAGGUACAGCUGAGCGCAAAAGUUUGCACACCCUGACAAAGACAUUGGCAUUACAGCAAGACGGUAUUUACCGUGAGGUUUCGAAGAUGUUCCUUCAUCAUCAGAAGUAAAGAAAAAACAGUUAAGUAUGUAUAUUUAGAUAUUAAUCACGAAACAAUCCAAACAAAAUGGCUUCCUAUUUCUUGUACCAUUUAUACCACACCUUAUAUCAACCAGGAAACAAUUUCAGACUAAAUGAUUCUUUUUUUUUUUUUCCCCCACCCACAUCCUGUGAGGAGACGCAACAUUUUACACUCAGCUGUCCAUGAGCAGUGGUUUAUAAAGAAAGCAAACCGUUUCAGGUUUUAGCGAGACAAAUAAAGUUUAAGAGAUUUUAGAGAUUUUAUAUGUGUAUUAUUUGCAUUUGGUUCUAUAUACAAUAUUGUAUACAAUAUGUUAUUGAUUGUAUUUCAACUUUGCUGCAUAACGCGACAAUAAAGGCCCACUUCAAGCA